GGGAUUUAUUCCCCUCUUUUGCUCUGCUCUUGCCCUCCCCCCAGAGCUCAACCAUCCUUAUUUACGCACACUCUCUCUUUCUUCUCACUCACUCCAUUCAUUUAUAUCCCUCCUCUCUUCUCUCUCACUCCUCACGUCCUCACUUUCUCUCUCUAAACAAUGUGCAAUUCCCUCUGAGAGAAACUUAGAGAGAGAAAGGGGGAUCCAAGAAGAAGCAAUAGCAUAUCAUAAAGAAGACCAAGAAGAAGAAGAAGAUCAAAUGACAAUGGCCGCUUCUCCCUGUCUCGGUGGCGUCGAGAAGAGACACUGGUGGCUCCUCAACCGGAAGGUACGUAAACGGUUCGAUUCCCAGAAGAAAAGGGCCUUAGUGCAGUGGCACAGGUCGCCGACUCGGAACCAAAAGAUGGCCGGGAAGUACAUCAGAGAAGCCCGGCACCUGAUGGCGACGCAGGACCCGGGGGACCUCGCCUCGGCCCUCGGCCUCCUCGACUCGGCCCUGGUGGCCUCGCCGCGGCUCGAGCUGGCACUCGAGCUACGGGCCCGGUGCCUCCUCCAGCUCCGCCGGUUCAAGGACGUGGCUGACAUGCUCCAGGACUACAUCCCGAGCCUCAGGCUGGGGAGCGGCGGCGGGAACGGGAACGACGACUCAGGGUCGGUCUCCUCGGACAACUCGUCGUCGCAGCAGCUCUCGAGGGAGCGGGUGAAGCUGCUGCCGUCCUCCGAUGAAGACCGGGAGCCGACCUUCAAGUGCUUCUCCGUGUCCGACCUGAAGAAGAAGGUCAUGGCGGGGCUCUGUAAGAGCUGCGACAGGGAACGCCAGUGGAGGUACACGGUUCUGGGCCAAGCCUGCUGCCACCUCGGCCUCAUGGAGGACGCCAUGGUCCUCCUCCAAACCGGGAAGCGGCUCGCCUCCGCCGCAUUCCGCCGAGAGAGCAUCUGCUGGUCUGAAGACAGCUUCUCCCUCUCCUCCCUCCCGUAUUCCUCCGGGGACUUGGUAAACACCUUGUCCUCUGCCCCGGCCUCCCCGCCCCACCGGCCCGCCACCGAGUCUGAGUCAAUCACCCACCUGCUGUCCCACAUCAAGUUCCUCAUCCGUCGUCGGACAGCCGCCCUGGCUGCCCUUGACGCUGGCCUCCACUCUGAGGCCAUCCGCCACUUCUCCAAGAUUGUGGAUGGCCGCCGUGGGGCCCCUCAGGGAUUCCUUGCGGAAUGUUACAUGGGACGUGCCUCUGCCUACCAUGCUGCGGGCCGGGUAGCUGAGUCCAUUGCAGAUUGCAACAAGACUCUGGCGCUUGACCCGACCUGCAUCCAAGCCCUAGAAACUCGGGCUUCUCUCCUUGAAUCAAUCCGCUGCCUGCCCGAUUGCCUACAUGACCUUGAACACCUGAAGCUACUAUACAACUCGAUCCUUCGCAGUCGGAAGCUCCCAGGCCCGCCCUGGAAGCGGCACCAUGUGCAAUACCGGGAAAUCCCCGGGAAAUUGUGCGCGUUAACCGUGAGAAUUCAGGAACUAAAGAAAAGGGUGGCUGCUGGUGAGACCGGGAACAAUGUGGACUACUACACCCUGAUCGGGCUCAGGCGGGGCUGCUCGAGGUCUGAGCUCGACCGAGCCCACCUGCUGCUCACCCUAAGGCACAAGCCCGAUAAGGCCAUGGGUUUCAUCGAGAGAUGUGAGUUCGCCGACGACAGGGACCUCGACUCAGUCAAAGAUCGUGCGCGAAUGUCGUCCCUGCUGCUCUACCGGCUGAUCCAGAAGGGUUACUCGAGUAUAAUGGCCAACAUAUUGGACGAGGAGGCAGCCGAGAAGCAGAGGAAGAAGGCUGCUGCAGUAGCAAUCCAGACCCAGCAAGCCCAAGAAUCUGAAGCAAUGAAAAACCAAGUCCUGGUCCCAAAAGCCACAGACAGCCCGGUCCACAGCAGGAUCAGUUCGGAUGAGAUUAAGAGCGCGAAUGCGUCUGCCUUCCAAGGGGUGUUCUGCCGGGACCUUGCAGCGGUCAGUAGCCUGCUAUCGCAGGUCGGGUUCAAUCGGCCGAUUACAGUGAAGUACGAGGCGCUUAGCUGUUAAGUUUUUGGACAAAUAAAAGAAGAUCGAAAUAGGAAUUCAAAACCGGCGGGAAGAUGGGGCCUUCAGCUCAUCAGCUUCACUACAUAUUUGUACAAAAGGGGAUGGAAAAAGAUCUAGAAAAAUUUUGCCGGAAAAUUUUGUUUCCCACCCUCCCUAUUUUUACCAUAAAAAAAUAAAUAUUAUCCGUUUGUACAUAAUGAAAAUUUCUACUUUUGGUUAAUUGUACUCGAAAAGAUCAUCCAA